AUGAUCCUCAAGGAUGAAUUCACGGACGAUGAGGACGUUGAUGACCACGCGAUGGUUGACCAUUCCGAUGAGGACUUCCAAUUCCAACAGAAAGUUCUCCAGUUCUUCAACGAAGAAGGAGAGUUCGAUAUCAUGGAUAUUGCACAGUGCUCUGCAGAGACUGCCAAUGCCAUCAUUGCUAAAAGGCCUUUUAAGACUAUAACGCAGUUUGAGAGCUUGAACUUUGACGUUGUUCAGCAAUCAAAGAGAAGAAAACCACAAGGUGAACUGUUCAGUAACAGGGCAAACGUUGCCCUCAGAGGCUACUCGGCAGUGGAUAAUUUGGUUGCCAAAUGUGAUACAUACAGUGAACAGAUUGCACAAGAGAUCAGCAAAUGGGGUGUUGAGGUUCAUGGUAUCAAUGACGAAUUGGAAAUCGUGGAAGUUGAUAUUGACGAUGACGAAGGUGAUGAAAUCGGCUCUACUGGGCGUAAACAAAAGAGUAAAUAUUUCAAGGACAAGCCCUCCCUACUUGCUCCUGGUAUCGAGUUGAAGAGUUACCAACAAGUUGGUAUCAACUGGUUGUAUCUCUUGUAUUCGAACAAUUUGAGUUGUAUCCUUGCGGAUGAAAUGGGGUUAGGUAAGACGUGUCAAGUUAUCGCCUUUCUAUCAUAUCUCAAGCAACUCGACAUCAACAAGGGUCCUCAUUUAGUUGUGGUACCGUCUUCAACUUUGGAAAAUUGGAUGCGAGAGUUCAACAAAUUUGCUCCUUCCCUUGUCGUUGAACCGUACUAUGGAUCACAGCGUGAAAGGGAAGACAUCAGAGAGUUGCUCUUGUCCAAGUGGGAAGACAUCGACGUUAUAGUUACAACGUACAACUUGGCGACUGGUUCCAAGGACGAUUUCAGCUUCUUAAAACAUGGUGGAUUCAACGUUGUCGUGUACGAUGAAGGACAUAUGUUGAAGAACAGCACCAGCGAUCGUUUCAUUAAACUGAUGAAGUUAAAGGCAAACUUCCGCUUAUUACUAACCGGUACACCAUUGCAAAACAACUUGAAAGAACUCAUGUCCUUGCUUGAAUUCAUCCUACCAUCGAUCUUCGUCUCUGAAAAGGAAGGUUUGAAAUACGUGUUUAACCAGAAGGCAUCGACAAAGGACAGUUCCAAAGAUUAUAAUCCACUACUAUCACAACGUGCAAUCAACAAGGCAAAGAAAAUGAUGGCACCUUUUAUUCUUAGAAGACGUAAGGACCAAGUGUUGAAACAUCUUCCCCCAAAGAUACAAGACCUGCAGUACUGUGAUAUGACUCCAGAACAAGCACUGAUUUAUGACCGUGAGAUUGAAAGAGGUGUUUCCCUGAAGAGGCAGAACAAUGGUAAGACUGCAAACAUCUUGAUGGCUUUGAGAAAGGCUGCAAUUCAUCCUCUACUUUUCAGAAGUAUCUAUGAUGAUGACAAGUUGAAGAUCAUGGCUAAGGAUAUCAUGAAGGAGCCUCAGUACGCCACGGCAAAUGAAACAUAUAUCUUUGAGGAUAUGCAAGUCAUGACUGAUUUCGAGUUGAACAACCUGUGUGUUCAGUUUCCCUCGAUAGAUGAGUUCAAGCUUGAUGAAGCUGCGUUUCUGAACUCUGGAAAGGUUGCUAAACUUGGUCAUUUGCUACCUGAAAUAAUAGAGCAAGAUGGUAAAGUGUUGAUCUUUUCCUUAUUCACACAAGUGUUGGAUAUCUUGGAGCCUGUCUUAUCAAUGUGGGACAUAAAAUUCCUCCGAUUGGAUGGACAAACGCCUGUUGACAUGAGACAAGAUCUCAUUGACAAAUUCUCUGAAGAAGAGUCUAUUCCAGUGUUUCUACUUUCCACCAAGGCUGGUGGAUUCGGUAUUAACUUGGUAUGUGCAAACCAUGUUAUUCUCUUCGACCAAAGUUUCAACCCUCAUGAUGACAAGCAAGCUGAGGACAGAGCCCACAGAGUGGGGCAGGAACGAGACGUUACCGUUACGAGACUGAUCACAAGAAAUAGUAUCGAAGAGAGCAUGUAUCAGUUGGCCCAAAAUAAGCUGGAACUCGAUCAAACCAUGAGUGGUGAUCAGAUAGAGUCUAAGGCUAUAUCUCUGAUUGGUGAUAUGGUUUUCACCAAAAAGGGAGAGUCAGAGCCAUCUACAAAUGAAGAGAUUACUAUAGAUUGA